AUGUUAUCUACGUACGCUGUAUUUGCUCAUCAAUCAAAGCAAUCAUCACUGGAGCGUUGAAAGGCGUAUGAUAGUAGAAAAGAAGACAGUACUCUCGAAAGCUGGUACCGGUACGUCGUAUUGCACUCACAAAAGGCCAGCUGCCACAAUCUAUAAUGAUCGCCUCUCUUCUCUUCUUGCUCCUUGCGAGCAGCCUUCAAGCUUUUGCCCAAAUUAGUAUUGUGGGAAUUGGGGACUCUUACGCAUCCGGAAAUGGUGCCCUUGGAUUUUACACAGGACCGUACGAGUGUUACCGAAGCCCAAACAGUUGGCUCGCACAAGCUGCCGACAAGAUCGGGGGCGUAUACCUGAAUCGAGGCUGCAGUGAUGGUGUCAUCUCGCAUCUAGAAAACGCACGAGUCAACACGGGUCUUAGACGAGCUGAUGGUGGAACUUGUCCCGCUACGAACUUUGCGCCAGAGGAGUCCUACGAACUCGACUCGAGUGGUACUACGUGCACUCGUUUCUUGCAACCACAGCUGAACUGGGUGGAUUCCACAACCGACUUGGUCCUCAUUGGGCUGGGUGGUAAUGACCUGAAUUUUGAGACCCUCGUGAGGAGUUGCUUUGUCGGCGGCUCGCAAAGUAAAACUGCCUGUGAAAAUGUCAUGACCACAAACAUCGAUCUCCUCCCAACAUUUGAAGCCGACAUGACAGCCGCCCUGCUGGCCAUCAACGCUAAAUUCAGCGCCAAUGCUGACUCCAAGAUUGUGUUGAUGACCUUUCCUCAUAUCAUUACGGAGGGCAGACCUUGGGUUGAAGACUGCUGCGGCUUCAGUGAUGGAAACAUGGACAUUGUUGAUAGUCUGAUCGAUCUUGGAAACGCAGUACAAGCACGCCAGCUUGCUGCAGUGCUAGCCGCCAAUACUGCAGCAGGUCGCGAGUUUGCCUUUUUGUUUGACCAAACCAAAAGAAUCUUCGCUGGCCACGAGCCACGAGUAGGGAUCGAGGGGGGUAACUUUGAUGGAUGGGUCCAUGAUCUUAACUGCAACAGGGAGCAAGACAGCUACCAUUUGAAUCAUAUCGGCCACGAGGUGCUUGGGGAUGCCACGGCUUUUUUCAUUGCGAACCUUUAUGACGGAGUAGAGGUCCCUACCCCAGCUCCAACACCCGACCCCUUGUGAUGACGAUAGCAUUUGCUUCUCUGAAACCGCCACCGUGCAGGUGGAACAUCACCCGCAUCCGGUUGCCAUGAAAGACCUUCGUCUAGGAGACCGUGUCAUGACCAACAAUCAAACGUUUGAGCCCAUUUACGGUUUUGCCCAUCGUCAUGAAACAAAGCCCGCCACCUUCCUUAAGAUUAGAACCGAGAGCAGCAGGCGACCCGACUUGGAGCUGAGCGCAGAGCAUAUGGUUGUGGUCAAAGGCAAGAGAGGCCCGGUGCGAGCGGAUUCGGUCAAGCUGGGUGAUUCUCUACUUCGCAUGACAACCGAUCAUGAUCCCAGGUGGGUAGGUAUCACUCGGAUCGACACGGUCCACCGUGAAGGAAUUUAUGCUCCCCUCACCGCCGAUGGAACCAUCGUCGUUGAUGGCGUUCUGGCAUCGGCGUAUGCGGCCUAUCAAUCCAGCGCCAAUGAGCUCUUUGAAGUCGGAGGCAUUAAACUCCCACUCCGUCAGGCCGAUGUGGGUCAUGUGUACCUCAGUCCCCUACGUGUUGCGUGUCAGACUGUCUCCAACAAAUUCUGUCAGCGCCACAAUAACGAAGGGAUGUUGGAAUAUGUGGCUCUGGGUUUCGCUGUUGUGUUGUGGGGAGAGAAACAACAUGCCGCAGUUCAAUUCAUCUUGCUGUUCUUGGGACUCCCGGUGAUAAGCACAACCUACGCCAUGGAGCUGCUUUUGUUGAGGUCUGGAUUUGGGCCUCUCAUACUACUGCUAAUUGGGGCACUUGCAUGUUGGGCGGUUGUUGCUGGUGGAAAAGGCAACCAGAAGAAGGUGAUUCCUGGUGCCAAGAAAGAUCAAUGAGGUGAUCCAUACCUCUGUUACUGUAUGUAUCAGUACUACCUAUCUUCCUCCUCUAUUGAACAAGGUUUCCAAGAAUAAAAUUGUCGACACUCUGUCUUCCGAAGGUCUAGUACAUUGCGGC